UCCGCGGAGCCAUCACUUUUCAUUCCAACACCCCCCAACUCCGCCACCGUCGCCCCCCUGGUCCCAACUUUCUUCUCCCUCCUCCUUAGAAAAAGAGACCUUUUUUCUUCCCCCUUCUCCUCCUCCCACAUGCUCUGUUUGUUGCAGAGGAUGGGGCCUCUCAGCGUUUGUUCCCUCCUCCUCCUCUUCUUCUCUGUCACCCCCUUCUUCCCCUCCUCCGAGGCCGGCGCCGUAGGAGUGAACUAUGGACGGGUGGCGAAUAACCUCCCGCCAGCGGCGAAGGUGGUGCAGCUCCUCAAGGACAAGGGCAUCGAGCAGGUCAAGCUCUACGACGCCGACUCCACCGUCCUCCGCGCCCUCGCAGGUACCGGUAUCAGGGCAGUAGUCUCACUCCCCAACGAGCUUUUGGCCGCCGUCGCCUCUCGCCCUGGCUUCGCACUUGCCUGGGUCCAGCGGAACGUGGCCGCCUACCAUCCCGCCACCCGGAUCCAGGCCAUCGCCGUGGGGAAUGAGGUCUUCGUCGACCCCAGCAACCUGACUGCCGCCCUCGUCCCAGCCAUGCAGAAUGUCCACGCCGCCCUCGCCCGCCUCCGCCUCGACGGCGACGUCAAGGUCUCGUCCCCCAUAGCUCUGAAUGCGCUCCAGAACUCCUAUCCGUCCUCGGCCGGCUCAUUCCGGCCCGACCUGGCCGAGCCGGUGAUGAAGCCCAUGCUGGAGCUCCUCCGCCAGACUGGCUCCUACCUCAUGGUCAACGCCUACCCGUUCUUCGCCUACGAGCCCAACGCAGACGUCAUAUCCCUGGACUACGCCCUCUUCCGCCCCAACCCGGGUGUGCUCGACUCAGGGAACGGGCUCAAAUACUACAGCCUGUUGGACGCCCAGAUCGACGCCGUGUUCGCGGCCAUGUCAGCCCUCAAGUACGACGACGUUAAAGUCGUGGUCUCCGAGACGGGGUGGCCGUCGAAGGGGGAUGCGAACGAGACGGGGGCGGGGGCGGCGAACGCGGCGGCUUACAACGGCAACCUGGUGCGGCGUGUGCUGUCAGGGAACGCCGGGACCCCGCGGCGGCCGCAGGCGGACCUGGACGUCUACCUGUUCGCCCUCUUCAACGAGAACCAGAAGCCGGGGCCCACCUCGGAGAGGAACUACGGCCUCUUCUACCCGGACGAAGGGAAGGUGUACGACAUCGCGUUCACUUUAAGAGGCGGUAGUGGGCUAAAGUGGCAAGAGGACGGCGGGAGAGCGAAGGGAGGAAGUAACGGCUCCUCCUCGUCGUCGUCGUCGUCGGGGACUGGGAGAUUAUCGGCUAGCCCGACGGGGGAGAAGUGGUGCGUGGCGAACGGGGUGGUAGGAAAAGAGAGGUUGCAGGCGGCGCUGGACUACGCGUGCGGGGAGGGAGGGGCGGACUGCCGGCCGAUCCAACCCGAGGCGGAUUGCUACGAGCCCAACACGUUGGAGGCCCACGCCUCGUACGCCUUCAACUCCUACUUCCAGAAGAAAGGCCGAGUCGUCGGCACCUGCGACUUCGAGGGCGCCGCCUACGUCGUCUCCCGUCCCCCCAAGUUUGGGAAGUGUAAUCUCCCUGCUGGACCUUGAAUAACGAAGGAGGCCGGAGAAGCGGAGAUCACGGGAAGAGAAGAGCGGGAUGGUCGAGAAUGAUAAGACUUCUUGCUGCUGCGGCUGACUACUGCGGGGUGCUGGUUGGGAGGUCGGCAGGGGCAGCCUUGGAUUCUCGAUAUUUUACUUUUUAUUUAAUGUAACUAUAUUACUUUAUGGCAGAUAGAUAGCAUGUGAACCAGCGUAGCAGUUGUUUCACCCUUGUCACCCUUUUAUUCUUCAUUUGGUAAUGAACUGAACUUUCACUAGUGGGGUGGAUAGCUUGUGUGCAAGUAGAUGUUUUACCAAUGCUCCUUCCCAUAUGUGCUUUUGUCGCUGGUGGUAUUUUAUUGUUGGUUCUGGUUGGAACGCAUUAGUGGUGGAAUGGUCAUGUCUUCUCAAAAA